CGCGGCGAGCCGGGUGCAGGGCUGUCCCCGCCGCGGGCCUUGGCUUGGAUCCCGGGGCGGCUCGGGCGGCGCCAAGGCCCUUGAUCUGAGCGGCCGAGUGGCUCUGGGGCUGGACAGUUCUAGUUGCAAGUUUCUAGAGCACCUGAAAACUGUUUAGAAUUCACAAGACCGCGAUUUAAACAUUGAGAGCCUGGGGAGGAGACGAAGGGGAUCUAGCACUCCUUUUAAAAACCUCAAACAUGGGGAAGUCUCUUUCUCACUUACCUUUGCACUCAAAUAAAGAAGAUGGUUAUGACGGGGUCACGUCGACAGACAGUAUGAGGAACGGAUUGGUUAGCAGUGAAGUGCACAAUGAAGACGGAAGAAACGGAGACGUCUCUCAGUUUCCAUAUGUGGAAUUUACUGGACGAGAUAGUGUCACUUGUCCCACUUGCCAAGGAACAGGAAGGAUUCCUAGGGGGCAAGAAAACCAACUGGUGGCAUUAAUUCCAUAUAGUGAUCAGCGGUUACGACCAAGAAGAACAAAGCUAUAUGUGAUGGCCUCUGUGUUUGUCUGCCUGCUCCUGUCUGGACUGGCUGUGUUUUUUCUUUUCCCUCGAUCUAUUGAGGUGAAGUAUAUUGGUGUAAAGUCAGCCUAUGUCAGUUACGACUCUGAAAAGCGAACCAUAUAUUUAAAUAUCACGAAUACACUAAAUAUAACAAAUAAUAACUAUUAUUCUGUUGAAGUUGAAAACAUCACUGCUCAAGUUCAGUUUUCAAAAACAGUGAUUGGGAAGGCACGCUUAAACAAUACAACUAACAUUGGCCCGCUUGACAUGAAGCAGAUUGAUUAUACGGUACCCACAAUUAUUGCAGAGGAAAUGAGUUACAUGUACGAUUUCUGUACACUGCUCUCCAUCAAAGUACACAACAUAGUACUCAUGAUGCAAGUUACUGUAACAACAGCAUACUUUGGACACUCUGAGCAGAUAUCUCAGGAGAGGUACCAGUAUGUGGACUGUGGGAGGAACACGACUUACCAGUUGGCCCAGUCUGAGUAUCUCAAUGUCCUUCAGCCACAACAAUAAACUCUAAAGGAGCUGUUGUUAGAGCCAAGGGUACACCAGAGAAGAUAUCGUCAGAACUGUCAGCGAGGAGGUACUGCCUAGAAGGACAUCUUUAAUUGAGCAUGUCUAAAGUUGACACAAGGACAUUGAGGGUUCAGCCAGCAGAAUCUGGUCCUUAUGCAGUUCCUGGACUGUCGUUUUUCUGUGUUGACAAUUUGUUCCUACUAAGAGCUUUCCUCCAUCCUAAGUUAAGUGAUUGGCUUUCUUCUCACCUGUGUUCCCAAGGUGAAAAAUUGAGACUUCUUAGAAUACAAUAAAUAAUUAUAUAAAAGUCAUAGAUUUAAUCUAUAUAUCUAUUGAUAAUAUAGUUCAGUCCUGAACAUAAUUUGAAAAAUAACUUCUGAUUUUUAUAUGAAAUUACUCAAAGCCUAUUAUUCAUGGAGAACUUUUAAAAACUGACCUGUUUUAUAAAUUCCCAUUCUUACAUGGUAGUCUUUCAACUCUAUGAUAACUUCGCUAUUAGCUAAAUGUUUUUAGCCUUUAAUUUCUUGAAAUUCUACUGAUUUGCAUGUUUUGUCUCAUUUCUAGCUAAUGGUUGCAUAGUAUUUAUCAACCAUAACAGUCUGCCAAAUUCUGUUCUACAGUUUGUAAGAACCUCUCAGUAUGUGUUUCAUGUAUAGCUUUGUGAACUUUCUGUGUGGUCUUCCAACAUAUCCCUUUAAUGUACAGUAUUGUAAAUAAAUUGCAUGGCUUUUAUACAACUUUGAUAAAUGUCAAAUGAAGUGGUACAGAUUAAGUAAAGCAAGUUGUUCAUAAAAAAAUAGUAGGAAAAUGAAUUUCAGAAACCUAUAAAGUAUCAGUAGGUCCCAGCUACAUGUUGGAUCUGGUAUAAAAUAGAUGCACAAUAAAACAUUUUAAUGUUCUACUUUU